UUCCUCGAUUGCAGAUUUUGCCCUUUGGACCACAAAUGACCUAAUAAACUCAUGAUUUAUCCGCAUUUAACUUUAGUCAAUCAAUUGGAAGGAAAACAUAUGAAGUAGAUAACCCAGUGAACCCUUUUAAAUGGCUGUAAAAUGCGUAGAGUCUGACCAGUGGCUCUGUGACUGAGAGUGAUAGUAGAGAGCUGUAUGGCACCAAUCAACACGGGACAAGUCAUAGUUGUGAUUCAAAUGAAUGAGAGGUCGUUGUGGAACUGAGUGAAGACAUAAAGUAUUCUCAGAACAGCACUGUGGAGUGUGAUUGGAGAAAACCAGGAUAAACAGCAAAUGUCACUGGAAGCUACUUUCUGGGAGGUGUGAUAAUAUGGGUGAUAGUUUGCAGUAGAAGUUUGUCUGUGUGGGACGGACAUCGAGACAAUGCCAACUAAAGUUCGCUUUACUCGACUGAAUCAGGACGACAACAUGGAAGAAAGCGUAAGAAUCGAAUACAACAAUGCACAACAAAAGGCCGAUAUAUCGUCCGAUGAAGAGGAGGAGGAUGUUUUUGUCCAGGAGCAAAAUGGCGGGGAUUUGGCAUCGACUAAACCACUAAUGCAUCCAAGGAAACAGCGAACCAAAGUCCGUGUUCACCGAGGCCGUCCUUGUAAAAUGAUCAUCAGGCCGAUUUUAGUCAGCGUGGUAUCGCUGGUCAUAAUAGCAGGUCUGGUGCUCUUCAUCGUUUAUCUUGUUGAGUCGUUUACUAAUCACUGGAAGUUUAGUCCGUUGUUCCGAUCCGGGGGUCCGCCGGCCAACAAGUCUGAGACUGUGAUUGGUUGUUCGCACAUUGAGGUGGAGGACGUUUGGGUACAUGGCAUCCCUAAGAUGAUCACCGAGUCUUCAAUACGACUCGUGGAUGUUAAUGAGGAUGGUGUACUGGAUGUUAUCAUUGGCUUUGGGACAGGUGCUGAUGGUUACAACAUCCCAGACAUUGUAUGUGAUAUCUACUUCAACGGGAGUAAGCCGUGUUUUGGUGGCCUGCUCUGUUUAGACGGGAAGACCGGCGCGGAGCUGUGGCGACAUUAUGCCGACCAUGAAAUGUUUGGUAUACAAUGUAGUGUUGAUUUUGAUAGUGAUGGUGUCAAAGACUGUCUUGGUGGUGGUCGUGCAGGGGUGUUAGAACUCGUUAGCGGCAAGAAGGGGAAAAUGUUGUGGAAGUUUGAUACCCAGCCGGGGAAAGAUAGCAUUAUGAAUGUGUACACGUCACAGCCAAUCAAAGACUACGACGGCGACGGUGUACCAGAGGUGCUGGUGUUACACGGCGGGGACCCAAUCAGAGCGCCAGGUAGCAAAGAAGAACGAUUUGGUCGUCUUAUGAUCUUCAGUGGUAAAGAUGGAAACGUUUUACGGUGGGAGACAGUUCCUGACGGCCAUGAGUCGUACUACUCCCCCCAGCUUCACACACUGCGCGAUGGGUCAGAAGUGGUCUUGUUUGGUACAGGAGGUGAGACGCAUGGGGGCAGCUUCUGGUAUGUGCUCCUUGAUGAUCUCUAUAAGGGAGACCUAAAGACCAAGGCUCGCUCCAUCCUCCACGAUGACUUCAAGGGCUUCAUGACGCCUCCAGCUCUGGUCGACCUGAAUCGUGACGGGGUAGAAGACAUCAUCAUUGUCGCUUUCAACUCGACAGUUAUUGCUCUUGAUGGGCAGACAUUCAAAACCAUGUGGAAGUACCAUGUGCCAAGCUCAGAGUCAUACAACACGCCUGCAGUUGGAUAUUUCAAUGAUGAUGACAUACCAGACUUCAUGGUCCAUUUCUCCAUCGGGCCGGGUUUUCCUAUCUACUAUUAUUCAGAGACUUUCGUGUUAGAUGGUAAGACUGGCCAACCACUGACCGACCCCGUAAAAGACUCGGUGGGAGCACAGUCGUCCCCAUUGGCCAUCAGCGUCGAGGGUCACGGCAAUGAUAUCUUCCUCUACUGGAUUGCUGACUGCAAGGGCCACGAGGGCCAAGGCGGAGAAUACUAUUUCCUCAAUGGCACAAAUGUCCAUGAACAGAGUCGGUCUGACUUCUGCAAGUUGCGCUUUAAGUCAGAGGGAUACAGUCAAUACAAAGCCAUUAACCGGCACAUGCAGUUACCAGGGAAAGAUGUUUAUAAUUCUGCCGAGAGAAGCGUGGUUGAGAGAGCAUCAUGGGUAAAUACAACGGAAGAAGGCCUUCAGUUUAUCCAGCGUCAUCCACAAUAUCUGGAUGAUUAUGUGAAGUCACAGACGGACGCUGACGAGGAUGAAAAACAGAAGCCGUAUUUCAAGGUCAUGAAUCCAAAGCACCAAGACCCAGACUAUGACGAUGAGUUCUCAUCUGUUAAAGAUCUCUUAAAGGGUAUCAUGGACCGUGAGGGUGACCGGCGGCCAACACAGUCAAACAUUGGUCUGGGCACAUCGCCACCUGGUGGUGGGCAGAGACGAUACAUGAAUACCGAGGCUGGGCGUAACCCUUUAUCUUCAAUCUCGCCUGGCAUCAGCCGCCCACUGAAAGAAAACAAUAAUAACUGGCGCCGUAGACCAAUUAAUCGUCAUCCACCUAUUGGAUCAAUUCAGAAGCGCAGUUUGAAUUCUGCGUCUGCUUAUAAGGAUGAUGUGUCGGAGCAUGCAAAAGAGGCAUUGGAUGCAAACUCCAUGCCGUAUAUUCAGAAGCCUAAGACAGAGGAGGAGAAGAAGGAAAGUUUACGAUUGUUUGCGGAACGGAUGGAUAAAUUGCGAGAACAGUUGGCAAGUACUGAGCCUAUCUCGGAGGAGGAUUUGAUGGAGUAUAAUAACGCGCAGAAGGGGAAGUACUCGUAUGCAAGCGCGAGAUGGGGUGUUGAUGAUGGGAAUUCAGCACGUCUGAAUAAAAAACAUCGGAAUAAGGUUAAAAAUCAUAGAAAAAACAAUGGUGUACAGGAUAUAGAAGAAUCGGAAGAACUUAUUGAUGAUGUUGAUAAUAAAAAUAUCAAUUCAGCCAAACAAUCGCGCCGUAAAAACAGAAAAAAUCGGCGAAGAAAAAAAUUACGCAAACAUCGACGGGGUAAAAAUAAUCGUCAUCGUGAUUCUCGGACAUUAAGUGAUUCUGAUGUUGAUGAGCAUCGGAAACAUAAGCGGCAUGCGGGGGUGAGGGAGGAGGUGUUAGAUAUUGAGAUUAGGGAUAAUAUUGAUGAAUUCCUUGACGGGGAGCAGACCAAGAUGGAGGCACAGAUGAGGAAGAAGCGUCAUGUUGGUCCGCACGAUCAGGAGGGACUGCAGAGACUGCUGUCGACGGGUACGAUAGCGCCCACCCUGCUGGACACCAACCACCCUGACUAUCACCAGUCGGUCGAUGUGAUAUUCGCCACGUAUUGGUUCUUUCCUGCCAAGACUCAGACCCUGCUUCCCAAGGAUAAGAAAUGCGUGGAGGAGUUCAUGAAGCAGGAGACAAUACGAUUUAGCCCCAAGAGUAAAUAUUAUGGGAUGGAUCACGAUGCAUAUGGCCAUGCUGCCGUACACGAGUGCUUGGAGAAAAGUGACCACAAACUUCCAGAUAACGGCACCUAUGAGAGUCAAACAUCAUUUAACCCGUUCAAUGUCCAUAUGGGCCAGAUGACAAUAUAUAGGAUUCGACUAGUCUGUACAUGCAAGGGAGACAAGAAGAUAGAAAAACAAUACACUCGCUGCUCGCGGAUUCUGCCUCAUGAUCAGCAGCAGUGGUCAGGGUACAUGGGUAGCUAUGGCAACAGCCACUGGAAACCAAGGAGAGAACAACCUAAUGCCGGUGUACGAUAGUCAUACACUAAGACAGGAAUUUUUUUGUCCGUUAUUCAGAUUGAAAUGGAAAUGGUUUUGCACACCUUGGCUGUUUACAUGGCGAAGAGAGCUAGUUUAGUCGUCAGCUGAUGUCCGAUGGAUGAAGACAUCAUCCUAAAAUUGUAAAUUCAGCCAAAACAGCCCAAGUGUACAAAAUAAUAUCCUUUUCCUAAAGAAUGAGGAGGCAGUCCGCUUACUCCAAUAAUAUAUUAGUGUGUAUAUAGUCGUGAAACUCAAUGUGAUAAAUCUCUAUCGCAGAGACGUGCAAUUUAUCGAAGUCGAUUAGAAUCACUUGCCGGUUCAGACAUAUUAAAAUGCUGCAAUGAUUAAUGUACGUCUGUGUGAUAAAAAUCGCAAUGAGCCUGUGGUGCAUUUUAUUGCAUUGUUAUAUGAGUCUGAAUAAAUCCAAAGAGAUUACUCAGUCUGGAAUCCUGCAUUAGGGGAAGAUUUUCUCUUACCCCUGGCGGUUAGGUUUUCUCACCUGAAAUUUUCUACUGUACUCUACAAUCUUCUCAGCAGACUGAACCCCAGCAGAAGUCACAUGACGUUAACACAACGAUCUUCAGUGGGCUGCAGAAGAUUGUAGUGUAGUCGAAAAAUUUGAGGUGAGAAACCUUACUACCUUUGGAGAGAGAAAAUCUUCCUGGUAUUGUGCAAACCAGCAAAAUUUUCGUGGGUGUUCGCCUAUUUUGCAACUUAUAUCAAUUUCUAAAAAUUGAAAAUUUCUAAAAAUUGAAAAAUUGAAAACGUGAAAAAAGUUUUGGUCCGAGAAACGAAAUUAUGAUACACCGAAAUGGAAAUUGUGAAAAUAUAUUUUUCUGAAAUUUUCGAGCCUCGCAAAAAUAAGGAGCAUGAAAAUUAUGUGGUUUACGUUAUAAUUAUGAACCAGUAGACAUGAAGAACUAUAUAAGGUGUGUUGAAUUUGAAUGGACCAAAAAAUUUAUUCAAAGUAUUUUGUACCAAGAUCGAUGUCUGGGAUGUCAAGGUUGAAAGUUGGGCUCGACCAGGAAAAUGGGUUCUUGGUGUUGAAAUUUACCAGAGUUUUUGUUGGAUCACAAAUGUAAUACAAAUUUAAUAAUAUGUUGAUGUCAUACAUGUAGUUUCAUGCCUGAUAUAAAUUUUAGGACUGAUGCUAGGCCUCCCAGUGACAGGUUCUGGACUUGAACUGUUAGUCGGUGAUGGCCAAAUGUCUAGUCGGUAUAUUUUUGUUAUAACUAACAAGGUUCAUCUGUAAUUGUUUAAUUCUAGCCAUAUCUUAUUUUUAAUUACCUUAUUUUACACAUCAUGUAAUUUAUAAGUGCAAUAUCAUAUCAAGUGAUGCGAAUCAAAUGUUUGUCAGCAGUGUUCUCCACGAGGCCAUUUGUCAGGGUGGCCCACCCUACCUUGGCAGCUUACCACCCUACCUUGGAAGAGCAACCCUACCUUUGCUCUAGUAGGGUUUCUAUAGGGCCACCCUACCUUUAAUUGCUGGCCACCCUACCUUGUGUUGCACACUGGCAAGCCUUCAUGAAUAUCGAGGGUACCACCCUUCCUUGAGAAAACCCUGUGGAGAACUCUGAGCCUGUGUACAGUGCUUGCAAUGAUGUAGUCUAUUCAUACACUUAAUACUCCCUCAAUAGUCUUAGUUCCACCUAUCCAAAAUCCCCUGGGUUUUUCGACACCCGUGUCUUUGCCGUGUGUGAGAAAACCCCUGCGAGCGCUUCCACCUAUAAAAUCAGCAUAAGAUAUUGUUAGUCGAUCCGGCGACAGGUACCGCUGCAGUUAGUACCUCUCCUGUGUUUUGUGAAUGUUGGAGGUUAGAAAGUGUGUAUCACGCAUGCACCGUAGGGACAGCAAUUACAGAAAUCGAAUGCGCCAUCUGUCGACGUACUAAGGAACUACAGAUUGCCGUGUUUCUUGCUCUUCCAUCUAUUAGAAAUCCCGUGUCAAACCAGUGUUUAAAUUAGCCCCAUCGAGCUCGAUGGGGUUAAUAGACACAGGGUUUUCACACACGGGUCUAUUUAAGCAUGGCAAUUCAAAGGUGGAAGAGCAAAAAACACAGGGAUUUACUAGGUGGAAGCGUAACUAAUGUCCAACGCCAAUCGAAAUCAAUUGUUUCACCGUGUAUAGUACUCUGAUUCAGAUGAUGGCAUCCUACUUGUGAUCAGGAGCGGUCGCAGUUUUCUGACGCGGUUAUCCGUCGGGAUACUGCCUUGAUGGCCUCAUACUGAACUUCCAGCCGUAUUACCUCCGUAGCCUCCGCCCAUACCAUUGAAGAAAUACGUGCCAUUUUCCUGUUUUUCACGCACCUCACUUUCCAGUGCACCUCACCCAAAUCUGAUCUGAUUUUACCGUAUGCAGUGUACACUAUCUGUGUACGGUAUAUAAAGCAGCAUAUAUGGUGAACCCAAUUUUCGAUCACACAGAACUCACUUUCCAUGACAACUGCGCUGUGAAUACGAAAAUGGAUAGGGCCUGUAAAAGGCUUCCAUUCAAAAACUUGCAUGAGAUUUGAAGAUGCAUUAUUGCUUUGAUACUGACUGAAGCGUGCAAUGGCCAAUGCAUUGAUCCUAUGAAAUUCACUUCAAUAGUAUCUGUAUGUCAGUCUACACAAUGGCACUGUUGGAACUUUUAUAUUAAGUGCUAUAUUUAACAAAUGGUAAUUUUCAAAUUCCUUUCAAGGGCCUUUAACCCUAUCCGUGUGGAAUUUUCAAAGUUCUAGUGUCCAGCUUAACUGGCGGGAUUAGUGAUGCACCGGUGACGCGCUUAUCUCUCUGUUUCAUGUGUACUACAUGCGCCAUGCUGGGUGGCGCGUCAACGGCAGGCCAAUGACGCGAACAAAGGGAUGUCAAUUGUGAUUUGGACUGUAGCUACAUGAACCUGCCAUGUAAAGUUUUCGAACUUCUGAUCCAACUUGCAGAGAAUCGUGUGCUUAGAGGCAGGUCUCCCAAUUUUUCUGACAUGGCCUAUUAACCUAGGAAGGGCCUUGGGGAAUGUGUAUCUGACAAUUCUCAUGGCCUUCCAUCUAAAGCUUAUCAAGGAGUGUUUAAUUUACUUCUGUAUGUUUGGUUUUAUCAUGAUAGUACAUGUUAUUAUUCUAGAGUAGUACACGGCUAACGAAGUUGGGAGACCUACUUGUUUCUCAUCAAGUUGGGAAACGGAUGUACAUGUAAGUGUUGUUGUCUUUUGUGACUGUUUCAUAAUACCAUGAUUGUGAUUAUUUAAUUUAUCUAUCUAUAAAAAGUGUGCUUGUUAUUUAAACGAUACUCAUGUAUAAAAAGAUUUAUUUCAAUCGAAUUAUUUUACAUAUCAUGAUGAUUAUUAUCAUAUAUUUGUGCAUUUAUUGAUAUCGUGCAAUGAUUUAAGACUUUUCUUUCCAAUGUGGUGCAUCUGUUAUUUUACUUAUAAUGAUAAUGCUUUCCUGUCCUAUAGCUUCUUGUAUACUGUCAUAUUUGACAGACAGGGGACUUUAAUACUUAAUGCCAAAAAAACUAGAUGCAGUCCAUGUGCAAGUGAUGACUGUUCUGGCUGAGGAAUUGAUAUCGAACUGGGGGAAUUGGUUGCCUCACCAAAACCGCGAGGAUGGUGCCAAGGGUGAGACUGUCCACUAAAGCUAUGAACCAUAUUGUGAACUGGUUGUAAUUUGAUCAGUUUAAUGGGGAAGAGGAUGACAAUUGUGGGAGGGAAAAAAUUAUCUGCAAUGAACUGUCUUCUAGCUGCAUUGUGAAUUCUUAACACACAUGCAUGACGCAAUCCAUCCUGACAAUCAGUGAUUUUCAAUACACCCCGCCUCUCGUAGGAGUAUCAAAACCCUGUAUCUCAGGAUGGAUGCAAAGAGACUUAACUUCGGCCUUCUUCCUGUUUGUUUUAACGAAUUGUUGGGCAUUAAAUGUGUUUUUCUCAAGCAUGUCAAGCUGGGAAGGAAAUUACAGUGGAACCUCCCUUAGCGGACACCUCUCUAUUAAGGACAACCUCUUUAUUGAGGACACUUGUUUUGGUCCCAAAUUGGUACUUUCCAUUCAAUUUGACCUCUCUAAUCAGGACACCUCUCCAUUAAGGACAGUAUUUAUCAGUCCUGAGGGUGUCCUUUAUAGAGAGGUUCUACUGAAUAUCAAACUAUGUAUAUAGAUAGGCCAGUAAUAUAACUGCUGUGAAUAGUGAAUAUUUUAUAGAUUAAUAUGUCGAUUUUGGGACGUUUUCUUGUAUUGUCUGUGGUGUCACGUACAAUGUACUAUGUCAGUGAGGUCGGUAAGGAGUUGGAUGUGAACCAUUUUGGGGUGGGGGUCAAGGGAAGGUUAUAGACUAAUGUAGCAGUCAAUGCGUUCCCAGUGCCCCCCCCCCCCCCCCCCCCCCGUUCUGGCGAAGGACACUUGGUUGACAUUUUGAUCGCCCAUGGUUCGACAUGUUAUUACCCAGUAUGUCAUUAUGACUGACAGAAAGUCAAUGUAUUCUUUCGAGAAGUCCACGGUAUCACCGAUUCAUCAUCAAGAUUUUCUCAACUGGUCGCCAGAAAUUGUCGGCAGAAAAAUUUAGAGGGGUACAGGCUUCCCAUUGACCGCUGCACAAGUCCUCCUGAAGGUCCUUUUGGUCAAAAGGGAAACUUGGUUGAUUUUCCGAAGAGACGCAGGACCUGUCGAAUAUGAAGUGUCAGAUCCGUUUGAUCAAACGUGUGUUAUUAGUGUUUGUGAAAAUAUAUUUUUGUAUGUGAAUUGAUGUGUAAAAUAUAUCGACCUUUAACCCAUUCGUUGCGGCAGCCAUUUUUUCAGCUGCCUCCGCUUCAUGUGCUGACAGCGGAUACCAGUGAUGAAUAGCACAGCUCACUUUUAUUGGAGCGGUCGAAACUAUUUAAAAAGCGUCGCCAUCUAUACUAUUAGGAUGAAGCAAUCAUGCAGUGCACUUGGCGUGUUUAAUUAGAGAGUGCAAUCACGUGCUGGUAAAUUUGUCUUUUAGAUGGUAUGACGUGGUAUGUACGUCACCCGUAUGAUAUGGGACCAUGUAAUACGUCAACCGCAGCAAAAGGGUUAACAGGAAGUUGGCUGGAAACUUAGUGAAUACAUGUAUGAGUGUUAUGUGCGGGAUUCUCAUAUCCUAUGUAAUAUGUAAAAUUCAUUUGAUGGGAGCAUUACCUGAGAAGGUAGAACAGUCAGUUCUUCGAUUAAUUUCAUGAUGCCUGUAUCUGGGAAAUUGAUUGUCUUGUACCCUUCUUGGGUUACCAAUUAUCACCAAUGUCAAUUCUCUUUCCACUCUAUUUAUGCAUUUCGUGCCAUUAUACUCUUUCAUAUGUAAGGCGAGAUUUUUUUAAUGCCUUGUUUAGCGAACUAAUAUUCCCAAAGAUCUUCAGAGGAGGUCGGAAAAAAAUCAAAAUAGAUUUUUAUUACUUGCCUAACUAUCACUUUUACAAAAUGGGAAAGCCAAAAUAUUUGGGCGGAGGACAAAAUAAAAACAGAAUUUUUUUUUUCUGGAAUAAGAUAUUGUUCUGAAAAGUCUUAAAUGUGUUGAUAUCGUAAUGUUCUGCUUCUUUAGGGGUAUAGUUCAUGCAGAGAUUAUGGUGUAGACGAAGGCGGAAUAAAAAUAAAGAAACAAAUACCAUCUUUUUCAUGAAAUUAGCUGUUUUUUCUGGCGGUGGUAAGAAAAAAAUUAAAAAUUAUUUUUAAUUGAUUGAAAUUGGCACUUUUUCAUGUCAGAGGGUUCGCUAAACAAGACAUAAAAAGUACUUGCCUAAUGCACAGAAUCGUUCAAACUAUGCGGAAUCUUUGAGAGGAGUUUUCUCAAAAUGGAAAAUUCCUGAUUGGUCACCAAUUCGUAAAAACAUCAACGAAUGUAUGGUGUCGUACAUCAUCGUUAUCAAAGCUGCCAAAGACUGUUUGAUUCAGUCAUCCUAAACAGUGUCCACCAGGUUUAAAGUCGGGUACAGAGUCAUCAAAUUAAAAGUUAGUUGCCAUAUACAAAAUGAGUACACCAUAAAACACAUUUUCUGAAAAUUUCAUGACAUUUGGGUGUUAGAAUCAAGGGAGUUGUUGUCUAAAAUCACAAGGCUCCUGUAUUGGGAAGCCCCAUCAUGCCCUCCAGGUCAAAUCCAACAUGGCCGCUGAUUGGCCAUGGUGGCCGCUGGUAAAUAUUGGACAACAACUUGCUAAUCUUGCACACAAAUGUCAUGAAACGUUCAGGAAAUGUGGAAAAUGUCCUGCUUCUUUUGUUUAUGACCAAUAUAUUUUAAUUUUAUGACUUUAAACUUACUUUAAAACCUGGUGGAUGCUGUUUAGGAUGACCCGUUAUAUCUACAUUGUACUAAGAUAUUUUUUUAUUGCACCAUUUGCUUAGAAAAUUGCUGAUUUGCAUACAUGUACCCAGACCGUUGCAGUGACCCCUGGGGAUAAUUGGUCCAAGAAUAAUAUUGCAAUUGGCAGAGAAGCUUAUCCCUUCUCUUGUAACCUACCGAUAAUGGCUCCCAGGAAUUUUCAGUACGCACCUGACAACUUCCAGAAUUUAUCCAAAGUGUGCCUGUACAUAAUACAUGUACUUGUGAUAUACACCCAGUAGCUGAAUAUACAUGUAUGUUAAUGUUAUAGUUAAA